GUGGGAUCAAGGCAAGAACUUGAUUUCUUACUGUAUUCCGCGUGCAACAGCCUGAUUACAGAUGGCGCGGUUGCAUCUCCGUCCCACCACCAAGAGAGGGAGGGGUUGCGGCCCCCAACAUCCAGCAUCCAGCAUCCAGCAUCAACAUCAAGCAUCAAGCAUCAAGUAAACCAGCGCAGAUCCCACUGGGAUAAACCCGCCGGACACCCCACCCCUCAUUGACCCAACAACACCCUCGCACAGCAGCAAAUGCACGGCGCUCGAGAGAGGAGGGAAGUGCAACAGACGGUCUCACAAUGAACUCAUUGACGUGUGCCUUUGCGCCUCUCGUCGCAGCUGGAAUGUUCCGUCCACGAGCACGAUCGUACUUCCACCAACGAGAUCGCGACCUUUGGUUUAUCCUCACCUCCACAUGUAACUUUGACGCGCGGGAGCCUGCGACACGAGCCAAGCAGAGCCGUCCCCAAUCUUCGGUUCGCUCUUCGAGACAUCGAAAGCCCGGGCCGAACUCUGAAGAAGCCAAUUGCUGCGGUGACGCCCCUCGUUCAUGGUCCGUCCCAGGUGGGCUCACUUCAAUUCCGAUGUCCGAUGUCAAGACGUGAAGUCACAGUUGCACUCGGCGCACAACCCGAACUCUGGCUCUGCCUCGGGAGAAAUGUGACGCUGUGGAAACUGCAACACUUCCCUGUGCUGAAUCUCGAAUUCGGGUUGUCUCGAUGGUCCUGGAGCUCUUCGGGCGGCUUCACCGUCCCACGGUAACCAUCUCUUGGAAGAGGUAUGAGAUGCUGUU